UUAGUGAAGAACCAACAUUAGUAUCUUAUGCUGUAGGCAUGGAGGAGUCCAGUGAAAAGCUUUUUUGUUGCAAGUGGGUGCGCCACAGAGUUCCUGAGGCCCAAAGAGAGGAACUAUACCACAUCCUGAGGAUGACAGGGCCUCUGCUGCUGUCUCGAAUCCUCAAUUGUCUGCUUCCAUUUGUGGUGACAGUUUUCUGUGGGCGUCUUGGAAAUGAAGUGAUGGCUGGCUAUGGAUUAGCCUCUGCUACUAUUAAUGUUACUACCGCUGCGACAGGAUAUGGUCUGGGACUGGCAUGUGAUACUUUGGUGUCUCAGACCUUUGGUGGUAAGAACAUGCUGCAGGUGGGAGUGAUCCUUCAACGUGGCAUCAUCAUCCUGCUGUUGUUCUGUCUGCCCUGCUGGGGACUUCUCAUCAAUGCACAGGCCGUACUGUUGUGUCUAGGUCAGGAUCCUGAGGUGACCAGAAUAGCCCAGCUGUAUAUUACAGCCUUCCUACCUGCAGUGCCCGCAAUGUUUCUACAUAAUCUACAGGUAUCUUACCUGCAGAAUCAGGGAAUAAUUCUGCCACAAAUGUACACUGCUGCUUUGGCAAACAUAGCAAAUGUGGUGACGAACUACAUCUCUCUUUACUGGUUGGAUCUCGGUGUUAGUGGGUCUGCAGCGGCCAACACACUGUCCCACAUUUACAUCUGUGCUUUUCUGUAUGCUUACAUUUGGUGGAAGAAGCUCCAUGUAACUACAUGGGGAGGCUGGUCUAUAGAGUCACUGCAGGCAUGGGGCUCCUUCAUGAAGCUGGCCAUCCCCAGCACAUUAAUGAAGUGCUUUGAGUGGUGGGUUUAUGAAUUUGGGGGAUUCUUUGCAGGAAUGCUGAGUGAGGAUGAGCUGGCAGCCCAACAUGCUGUGAUAAUGGUGGCUUUCAUCACCUAUAUGUUCCCAUUUGGAAUUCAAGCUGCAGCUUGUGCUCGAGUGGGGAAUGCUCUCGGAGCAGGAGACACUGCAAGAGCAAUCCUGACCAGCAAGGUGUCCCUUACUCUAGCGGGCAGCUUUGCGCUUGUUGAAGGUAUUGUGCUUGGCUCUACUAAAACAGUGAUCGGUUUCAUCUUCACAUCUGAUAAGAAGAUCAUAGCUUUGGUCUCACACUUGAUGAAUGCUUAUUGUUUCCUUCAGUUUUUCGACGGUCUUGUGUGUGUGUGUACAGGCAUCUUCUUGGGCACGGGCAAACAGAAGAUUCCAGCUGUGGCUAAUUUUAUUGGAUACUACUGCAUAGGGCUCUCACUUAGUGUUACUUUGAUGUUUGUUGCAAAACUGCGAAUUUUAGGUUUUUGGGUUGGACUUCUGGUUUGUGUCGUUCUACAAUCAACCUUCUACAUUAUUGUCAUCUUCAGGCUGAACUGGGAGAGAAUCUCAGAGGAGGCUCUAAAACGAGCCCAGAAAACUCCUCACACAACAUUAUUUAUCACAGAUGGACUAUCAGACAGUGAAGGCGCUGUUGAACAGACAGCAAGUAAAACGAGAUCAGGGGAUGGCUACAUGUCUGUGAGCACUGAAUGCCGUGAUGGAAUUGAUGAGACACAGCAUGGACAUGAGGUCCAGCUGAAGGGACAUCUCUCCACCAGCCAGCUGAUCAUCAGGCGAGGCUUCACUGUCUUUGCAGCAGUCGCUCUUCUGGCUGUGGGAGUGACCGUGCACUCCCUUGUUCCCUUGCCAGAAACAGCUAAAAACAACCAUACUACAGACUGGAUCAAUGCAUCAUACGCUCCUGAUCAAAUCUUUUCCACUAUACUGGUCCCAAAUGAAGAGUCCGAGCCAAGUCUUCUGGACCUGUCCUAACCUACUGCCUAUAUUCUGCCCUGUGUUCCAGUUCCGACCUUUGGACUCGAUAGCUUAAUUUUACAUCAGCUAAUUCAUUUCUACAAGUCAAUAAAGUCACUUUACA